CAACGGAAACAGCUGCUUACUGUGUCUGGCAGUACCCUAACAAAUUUUUAUGGAAUAAAAAUGUAAAGAUUGUUUAUCCUCAAAAUGAAAUUGUUAGAGCAAGUAAAAUUUAGUUGCAGUGUAAGCUCUGUACAAUGCAAAAACAUAAAACAAUACGGGAAACAACAUAUGUUUGACUCGUGUCCGGACACCUCAUGGAAUUCAAGCGAAGGUCUACCGCAAUGGAUAAUAAUCCGUUUUGAAUCACCACAGGCUGUAAGCAAAUUUUUGUUUCAGUUCCAGGGAGGAUUUGUGGCAAAAACUCUAUCAAUAAUUAUUCAAACGGAAGCUGGGCAACAAAUUUCUGAAGAGACCUUUUACCCCGAGGAUGUGAACUCUCCUCAGUCUUUUGAAUUACAACAUCCUGUAAAGAGUAAAGAAGCUACUAUUGUAAAGAUAUUAUUUCCGUCUAGUACGGACUUUUUUGGAAGAAUAAUUUUAUAUAAGUUGGAAAUUCUUGAAUAAAUUUUUAAUCACCUUACGAUGUGCAAGGUCUAUAUA